CUGUCGGCGAGCCACUUGACUUCCCGCGCCGUGCUUCGCCGGAGCGCCCCGACUCGCGAGCGCGGGGCUAUGGCGUCGAGUCCACGCUCUCGCAUGCGCGCAAGCCGUCACUGCCGCUCUCGCCUCCAACAUCGACGUCCGUGCAGCACGCACGCUUCUUGCCGGCGUCGUCUCAUUCGCCUGCAGAAGAUGCGCCCGAGUGGAGCACGCUGUGGGCCCCUGGCCUCGGUCGACCGGGACCCAUGCCAGCGCGCCACCUUCCGCCGGACGCCGUGCUGCCGACCGUCGCUCGUCGUCGCCGCUCGGGCCGUACAGGCCACCUCUCGACGCAGGGCCGUGCAGCCGCAGCACGGCGCUUCCGCCUGCCUCUCUUCUCCGGCGCCGGCACCAGCACGGCGCAGCAGCGCGAGCAGGCCAUCGCCAAGGACCAGCAAGUGCGCCGCACGGGCAGCGACGCCGCGCAUGGCCUCUCGCUCUCGCGCGUGGUCAAUGCUGGAGACGCCGAUCAGCUGCUCGAGGCCGGUCUGCGCUCGAGCGGCGCGCAGAAGCGGCCGCGCGUCGCGCUCUUUGAGCCCUCGCCGCUCGCCGUCCAGGCGCGCUCGCGCCGUGAGCAAGAGGCGCAGGUCGAGCAGGAUGAGGUGCAGGUCAUCGAGUAGCCGUCUCCGCGACAUGUCUCCACAAGCGUUUGUGUGCAUCAUGCUCGUCUGCGAGGCUUGGUGUCUGACUGCGAAGUGUGCGAGAAUGAUGCUGGCCGAGGGGAGCUCUCGCGUCCAGGGUCCGGGCGGCGAAAGCAGCGGCCGGAAAACGCGGCCCAUGCGCAGCGGCACCAGACGCUUCUCUCCUGCCAUGUCGAGCGGGGCUCAGGCUGCACUGCUGCCGACGGGGCCAGCUGAAGGUCAGACCAUCGCUGCCUCAUCGUCGUUGCCUGACGUCCGUCCAGCGCAGGCGAGAGGAAGUGCGAGAGGCACACAUGCUCAGCGGCAGACCGGCACAGGCACGAUUGAGUCUGAUUGCUGCUGAACGCGUGGGAGCUGGACAGCCGCUUGCAGCCCUUCAUUGGGCAGCCUGAGCUCUCGGAUGGCGCCAAUGUGGGCGAUGGUCAUGGACGUGGGCGCUCCGACGUCGUCUGACGAGGCUUGUCGAUAUUUGUUGGUCUCCAUGGGGGGUUUGGGAGCUGUGGCAUGCGCAGCUCGUGCGAUCCUCGCGAGGCGCGAGCGGUGUGCAGCGGGCGUCGCCGCAGCCGCCAGCCGGU